UUAUCGAAUUGUUUAAUCAAUUCAAAUAUAUUAGUUUCAAUUGAGGUGGUUUUCUAUCAAGUUUCACCAGAGAACUCGCAAUUACAGCCUGUGUUUAUCCUCUUAAACCAUCGAUCCAUCGUUCCUGAUCCUGCAGCGUCGAACAAAAUGCCUGCUCGAACCAACGACACAUACUGGUGCACCACCAAAAGCCAAUUUAUUGAGCUCAGUACCAUCUGGACGAUCGAUCAAGCUCGCUUUCACUUGAACAAAUUGCGAUACCUAGAAUCAUCGGUUUUCUGUUCGAAGAAUAGGGACCAAAAGUGGCGCCUAUGUUUCAGACGGGAUCCUUUCAACAACCAUCCCCUUCACUUGGGCGUGUGCCUAAUCGUUCAGAGUGAAAGGCCCAUCUACGCAGAAUUUUCUAUUUCUAUUUUGGGCUCCGAUGGCAGGAAAAUGCUUACCAAAAAAAGUGUAGCCCGUGAAUUUGCGAACAAUGUGGAAAAUGGCUUCCGGGAUUAUAUCCUAUUAACUGAUUUAUUGGAAAAUAAUGAACUUCUCCCGGAUGAUAAAUUGACGCUGUUUUGUGAGGUCAGGGCGCACAUUGAGACACAGAAUUACAAUGGUACAGGCUCUGGAAACCGACCUGUUUGCUUCACUAUGCCGAGCUGUGAUCUAGAGAAAAGGUUGGGAAGUUUGCUGCACGACGAGAAGUACACCGACGUGAUUAUUGUGGUUGGCGAGCAGAAGAUAAAGGCCCACAAGAAUAUUCUGGCCGUUCGUAGUGCAGUGUUUGCGGCUAUGUUCGAUUCGGAUAUGGAGGAAAGUGCUCAAAAUCAUGUAACUAUUACCGAUUUGGACUACGAAGUAGUUGAACAAAUGCUUCGAUACAUGUACACUGGCGAAGCACCGAGGUUGAAGUCGAUGGCUGACCAUUUGCUCGUGGCAGCCGAUAAAUAUUCUCUGGACAGCCUCAGGGUGAUGUGUGAGCAGGCGCUCUGUGCCAACCUGUCGGUGGACACCGCCGUUGAGCUGCUGGCUCUUGCUGAUCUGUACAAUGCUGACCAGCUGAAAGAGCACACUGCCCGCUUCAUCGAUAACAACAUUGCUGAGGUGAGGAAAACCGCAGCCUGGAAGAAUAUGAUCGCGCAGCACUCGGUUUGCCUUUAUCCUCCGCCAGCCAGACUUCCGAUGAUGACGUGGAUGGGGCAAGCAGUUCGCCUGAUGUUUACCAAACUUGCCUAUACCGUUGCGCGUGAAUUGAUCAACUUCUGAAUGAUAUAAAAAGCAUUUAUCUGCAUUUUUUGUUUGAAUAAUGUUUGCCUAUUGCAACUAGAUUUACUGAAAACUAGAUUUAAGAUAAAAUCAAUACAAAUUCUGGGUGAC